AUGGCCCCGACUCCUUUUUCUUUCUCACCUCGAGCAGCUGGACGCCUACGAUGGUCGGCGGCCGCGCUCGUCCUGCUCUUCCUUGCCGCCGGGGCGGCGGCGGAGGCUGCACGCAGGGAGGUUGUGACCUCGCCGCGCGGCGCCGUGGCGGCCGACGACGAGCGGUGCUCCAAGAUCGGGCGUGACGCGCUCCGCUGUGGCGGCACCGCCGUGGACGCCGCAGUCGCCACGUCGCUCUGCCUCGGCGUGGUCAGCCCCGCGUCCAGCGGCAUCGGCGGGGGCGCGUUCAUGCUCGUCAGGCUCGCCGACGGCACGGCCGUCGUUUACGACUCCCGUGAGACCGCGCCGCUGGCGGCUACAAAGGACAUGUACGGCGGCAAUGACACGCUGAAAGCGAGGGGCGCGCUCUCCAUCGGAGUCCCGGGUGAAAUCGCGGGCCUCUACGAGGCGUGGAAGCGCCACGGCAAGCUCCCAUGGAAGGAGCUGGUGAUGCCGGCCGCGAAGCUCGCCUGGGCGUUCACGGUGUCGCCGUACCUCCACAUGCAGAUGAAAGCGACCGAAGCUGGCAUCCUCGGCAACGCCGGGAUGCGGGCCGUGUACGCCUCCAACGGGGCGAUCCUCAAGGUCGGCGACGUGUGCCGCAACGGCAAGCUCGCGUGGACGCUCGAGGCCGUCGCGGAGAGAGGGCCGGCCGCGUUCUACAGUGGCCCGGUGGCGGACCUGCUGGUCAAGGACGUGAAGGAGGCCGGAGGGAUCAUGACCAAGGAGGACCUGGAGCAUUAUCAGGUCAAGGUGCGCCGGCCGCUCUCGCAGAAUGUCAUGGGGCUUACCGUGCUCAGCAUGCCUCCUCCUUCUGCCGGUGGUGCCGGCCUCAUGCUGGUUUUGAACAUCCUGGCUCAGUAUGGAGUUUCUGGUAUUUCUGGCUCUCUUGGGAUUCAUCGCCUUGUUGAGUCCUUGAAACAUUACAUGGCAGUGAAGAUGAAUCUUGGAGAUCCCGACUUUGUUGAUGUUGGUGCGGUUGUCUCUGAUAUGCUCUCCCCCAAGUUUGCUGCUGAGCUGAAGAGAACGAUUUAUGAUAAUAUGACAUUUUCACCUCAACAUUAUGGAGGAAGGUGGAACAUCCUUCAGGACCACGGGACCAGCCACCUAUCCAUCGUGGACGGCGAGAGGAACGCCGUCUCGAUGACGAGCACCGUCAACGCCUACUUCGGAUCCCUGAUCCUGUCCCCGAGCACAGGCGUUCUGCUCAACAAUGAGAUGGACGACUUCUCCAUGCCGGCGAACACCACCGCGAACACUCCACCGCCGGCCCCCAACAACUUCGUGGCCCCUCUGAAGCGCCCCCUCUCCUCCAUGUGUCCAACCAUCGUUCUCAAGGAUGGGAAGCUGAAGGCCGCGGUGGGCGCCAGCGGCGGGAGCAUGAUCCCUGCCGGGACGAUCGAGGUGCUCCUCAACCACUUCGCCAAGAACAUGGAUCCGUUGUCCUCUGUCAUGGCGCCGCGAGUUUAUCACCAGCUGAUCCCGAAUGUGGUUCAGUACGAGAACUGGACGACGGUGACCGGCGACGUAUUCUUGCUGGACGCAGCGACGAGAGGCGACCUGCUGAAGAAGGGCCACGCCCUGAAGCUCCUCGCCGGGGGAACCAUAAGCCAGCUCGUGGUGCACAACGUCGAGGGCCGCGGGGACCUGACCGCCGUGAGCGAUCCCAGGAAAGGCGGCGUCCCGGCGGGGUACUGA